GGCGUGGCAGAUUUUCAACUUGCAACCUGGCUAAUUUCCUGCUUCUUCUGGCACCAAAAGGAGGGCGAUUCGUCUCCUGUGCAGCCAAAGCGACAGCUGUCAAAGUCGCAGGGGCUCCUGUGAGCCAGAACCUAAAAGGCUACGUGUGCCUCCUGGCCAUUCAAAUUGUCAGGUUUAGGGACAGAAGUAUCCAAACCACAAGUUCUCAAUACUGUAUGAAAAAUGGCUCCUUGCAAGUCAAAGCGGUUCUGAAAGGCAUUCUCUUGGAAAAGUCUGUGAAGACGCAAAGGAUUUUCCUGGAAAAAAAAAAAAAAGUGGUCAUGUGUAAAGACACAGCAUCUUGGCUGUCUGCUAAAAAAAUGUACACUCUCUUGCUGGAGAUUGAACCGCGGACUGCAAAAUACUCCAUGGCAGAGUAUCGUCGUUUAAGGGAGCCCCGAAAAAAAAAAAAAAAAAAAAAAAAGAAAGCCGCUGGGCCGGGGCGGUGGAAGCCGGGAGCGCUUCAGCCCAAUUCCGCGCAGCUGGAGGAGGUCUGCCCGGAGAGGCCAUUGGAGGAAGAGCGCCACGUGACAGAGGGGUGCCAAUGUUAUUCUCCAAGGGUGUCAAGACCCUGUCAGUUUGCGAAAUAAAUAUUGGGAAACAACGAAAUGCAAAAAGCGACCUACUACGACAGCUCUGCAAUCUAUGGUGCCUACCCCUACCAAGGAGCAAAUGGUUUCACUUAUAAUGCGAGUCAGCAGCAAUAUCCUCCAUCUUCAUCACUUGUGGAAACUGAGUACCACCGCCCCGCGUGCUCCCUCCAGUCUCCCAGCAGCUCUGUGUCCCACCACAAGGCCAAUGACAUCAGUGAGAGUUGCAUGAGGACCCUCCCCAGCCAGCCUCUCCAGCCCCCCGGCCUCACCGACCCACAGGCCCCACCGCAACCACCUCCAGCCCAGCAGGCACAACCUCCACCUCCGUCCUCCACCUCACCAUCUCAAAAUGCCAGCAGCAACCCUGCCCCGGCCAACCCCACCAAGAGCCCGGCUCUUAACUCGCCCACCAUGUCCAAACAGAUAUUCCCGUGGAUGAAAGAGUCUCGGCAAAACACAAAGCAGAAAAACAGCAGUUCCAGUUCAGGUGAGAGUUGUGCUGGUGAUAAAAGCCCUCCGGGGCAAGCGUCCUCUAAGCGAGCCCGUACAGCUUACACAAGUGCCCAGCUGGUAGAACUGGAAAAGGAGUUCCACUUCAAUAGGUACCUUUGCAGGCCGCGAAGGGUAGAGAUGGCUAAUUUGCUCAAUCUCACAGAAAGACAGAUCAAAAUCUGGUUUCAGAACCGCAGAAUGAAAUACAAAAAGGAUCAAAAGGGCAAGGGCAUGAUGACCUCUUCAGGAGGACAGUCCCCAAGCAGAAGCCCUGUCCCUCCAGCUGCUGGGGGAUAUCUAAACUCUAUGCAUUCUUUAGUAAACAGUGUCCCCUAUGAGCCCCAGUCGCCUCCGCCAUUUAACAAGCCUCAUCAAAACACCUAUGGCAUCCCUGCAUCGUAUACUGCUCCUCUUAAUAAUUGCCCACCUCCUCAAAAGAGAUACACGGGGACGGCAGCUGUGACACCUGAAUACGAUACUCAUCCUCUUCAAGGCAAUGGUUAUGGGAAUCCACAUAUACAGGGAAGCCCCGUCUAUGUAGGGGGCAACUACGUGGAGACCAUGACCAAUUCUGGGCCUUCCAUCUUUGGUCUAACUCAUCUCCCUCAUCCUCCCUCUGCCAACAUGGACUACAGUGGGGCUGGGCCAAUGGCCAACAAUCACCACCAUGGACCUUGUGAUCCGCACCCAACAUACACAGACCUUACAGCUCACCAUCCUUCUCAGGGAAGAAUUCAGGAAGCGCCCAAACUCACCCAUCUGUAAGAGACAGGAGUCACUAAGUGGAACACCAAGCCCCCAACUUUUGGAAAGUACUCACCCCUUCCCUUCUCUUUCUCUCCUCCUCCCAUGUGCCCUCCCCUCCCCUUCUCGUUUCUUUUGUUUGUUUUGGUUUGUUUCGUUUCCUUUGGUAAAAGCGUUUUCUAGUUUAUGUGACGUAGCAAUAUUUGUUGCUUGAAUUGCUCUAUAGUUUCACUAGUGGAUAUUUAUCUUCUUGAACUGUAGCCUUGUGUCUCACUUUGGGAGUAUGCAGAGGCUUUAUACUUUACCUUCUACACUUUUAUCAAAACAGGGUAUAUGAACAAAUUUUCUAUAAAAGGAAUUCUUAAAUGUGAAUUUGUUCGUACAUGAUUGAUCCCACGGGGAAGCAAUUUUUUUUAUUGCACUUCUUUUAAAUAGCGAGAAAGACAUCAAAAACGCUUGGACAGGGACUCCCUGGACAAUUAUUAAUACGUGUAAGUCUUUCAAUGUGUGUAUGCUGGUGAACAUUCAGAUUUAUUUAUAUUUUUUUUUGCAAACAUUGAAUAAUCUAAGUGUUUAAAAUUUUAUUUAUCCCCAUUUGUUCAUAUUUAUAUAUAUAUAAAAAAUCUGUACCCUGAAUAUUCAGGAGGUAUUUACCUGGCCAUAUGUUAGAUGGCGUAUCGGCACGCAUAGGAAAUAUCAUU